AUGAAGUCUCACUUUUCGAACCGCAUAAGAACGACUCCUAACGGACUCGUAAUCACAACCGACACCAGAAGCGCUGCAACCCUCUUCAAACCACUGACCAAGCCCGCCCCGCUCUUGCAAAGUUUGGCGGUGGUCCUCACACGCGACGCUGGCAUCCAUCCAAGCGUCGGCCUUCCCCUCGUCUACAUCCCCACCAAGCUCUCUUCGGCGGCGCUGCACCAAAGCUCCGAAUGCUUGAUUUCAUCAACACGGAUUGAGGGCGACGAGUUACGCUUCCCCACAGCCAAAGAGAUUGUCGAAGCCUUAUCCAACCUCCCAUCUCUCACAGAAAUUGCCAUCUUCGCAGGCCACCUCAUCGAUUUCGAAGAAGAAAUCAUCCGGCCCCAUCGUAAAACCACCAUUAACGUACCUCAUCUCACAAUCCUGGAACUCCAGGCUUCAUGCGACGCACUCGUCCUCAUCCUUUCCCACUUCCGUCUUCCACCCUCGCUCAAAAACGUCUCCUUGGUGUGCAUAGAUUCGGACGAACGGGCUAUCAGCGCCGUUUAUGACGCCUUCGAGCCCUCUGGCCUCUGGUCCAUCGUACAGUUACCUUUACCGAAGACAGGGAAGAAGAGCGCACUUGACCUGUUCCCGGGCAACCCACUAGCACCCCCAAUCUCGGGCAAACUUCUUCUCCUGGGGUGCGUGUCCGGCAUAAGCCCCCUCGUCAACUACUACGCCCUAGCCCUCGGGGUGAAGAUCCGGCUUAUCUUCACACCCCCUGAACUCGAUUGGAAUCCAUCCUCCCUCAUAGAGGCGGCGGCCUCCCCCUGGGCCUCGAGAGCGAUCAAGAGCCUCAUGCUGCUUGGCAGCCUUCCCGAGCGAGCAGUCCACUCCGUCUUGCACAUCAGGCCCUUCGCAUCAUUGACACACCUUGCGAUGGUCCGUGGCUUUGACAGGCUCUUCGAGUUCUUUGAGGAGGACCAGGUCACGUUUGAGGACUGGAUCUCGGACUUUGGAGACUCGCCUGAUUGUACGAGCAGUGACUCGGAUUCGGAGAUCGAGUAUGUCAUGCGCUCACAAGAUUGCGACGAUGAAGAGGGCGGUAUACGAAACCCAAACGAGGCGAACGAGGGUGGAAAAGGGAGCGAUAACUGCAGCUCUCGGAAGUCGUUGAACAGUGGGAACACGACAUCAAAAUCGCAAGCCAGUCCUCCAAGGCAGCUGUUGAAUAGUGGGACACAAAAAUGCAGCGAUGGAUGCAAUCGAGAGCCCAUUAAUCAAACUGGGUCCGCCUCGAACAGCGACGGUGGAAUGACCCACAAGCCCGACACUGGAGCUCCAUUGAGCAAAGACGACCCGGAAUCCGAUGAGGAGUACUCUGGGGACGCGGAGGACAACGACGGCGACGGCGACAAAUGCGAGUCAAGACCCAAACUAGAUACUGCGACCUCGUCAAACACCAUCAACGAGCCCCACACCGGCCGCGCAAAUGCACAAUCCACCUCAACAGGGUUAUACACCCACAUCGAUCACGACGACGACGAAGAUUACGAUGAAUUCGACAGUGACAACUCUAUAAUAACUCACGAGCAUAUGUGGCUUCCCAACAUACGGUACUUGCAGAUUGACGUGGAGCCUGGGUCUAGGGAAGCGGAAAGGGUUCACGAGAUCAGGAGGUAUCUGGAGGAUCUUCAGCGACGACGGGCGGCGAUUGAGAGGAAGUUUGAGUUUAGGAUUAACCAGCCGCCUUUCUAUGCGAUGUACAUGGGUGGCAGUGGAGGUGGUUCUAAUGUAUUUCUGUAG